AUUAGAAAUGGCCGUAGACCCGGACCAAAUCUACAAGGCCCUUCGCCCAGUGCCAGAGUUCGACGGCAAUCCGAACAUACUGACUAGGUUUAUCAGAAUUUGUGACCAAAUCGUCACACAGUAUAUAAGAACAGAUCCUGGCAACGAAUUAAAUAACCUCAGCUUAAUAAAUGGUAUAUUAAAUAAAAUAACUGGUCCUGCCGCCAGGACCAUAAAUUCAAAUGGCAUACCAGAGAACUGGUUAGGUAUCCGUACUGCCCUCAUUAAUAAUUUUUCAGAUCAAAGAGAUGAGACCGCUUUAUACAAUGACCUCUCCUUACUAACACUGGCAAACAAUAAUGAUCAGAUCAACGGACAGCCUCUGAAAAUAACUGAAAUCCCGAAGGAUGCAAAAAUCACAGGACCCAUUAGACCUCAUAUCAAGCUCACCUCCUUGAACCUGGAGAAAAUACACCAAAUCCAAGAUGAUAUAAUCCAACAACAUCCUGUGGACCUAGAACAAAGUGACGUCACGAACCAAGCACUCUUUCAUAGGACAAUACCCUUUUACGGAGCACUCUGCGGCGCGAUUGUCCUAGCUGUUGUAAUCGCUGUUCAUCGGCACAAGUCUUGCAACAUAACCCUGGAAAAGAAGCCACGCGAAGAAACCUCAAAAUUUCACCCGUACGAGAGUCCAGAAGAACCCCAGAAGAAGGACCGAAUUCCGGUGUGGCGGGUAGCCAUC